UAUUAAACGAAGGGCGUGUAAGUGAUUGUAUAGCUUAAAUAUACGAUUCAAUAAUAGGCAAGCAAGUAGUACAGGUUGGCUUGUGUCUCUGUAGACAAGUCUGCAUAUCACUUACGAAGAAAGUGUACAUACACAACCACAACAAUAUACGUGUGAGCUCUUAUCGCAUUCGUUUAUCUCGUCCGAUUAAACCGCACGCAUCUAGACACCCUCACAGCCUACCGCCGAGAUGUCCUCAGCCCUUCGCAGUCGUAUACUGCAGCCGCUGGCAGUGCAAUGCCACGCACUCGCCUCAGCAAUCGCACGUCCCCAUACACAUCACAGUAGACACACAAUCAGUUCAUCACCUGCACUACUCAGCCCAUUCAAACGUACCCUAAGCACCUUGUUCACAUCCGAUCGCACAGUCGAGAGUGUGUCUGGCGAGCCAGAGAAAGUGUCUCUGAGCAAGCCGUUGAGGGGGUUCGAGAAUCCCAAGUAUGCUGUGGUUGAUCUCAGCAGACCCCCAACCACCCAGAUUACACAGUUAGACAAUGGGUUAGCCGUGGCUAGUGAAGACUCACCGGGAGCCUUUGCGGUCGUGGGGGUGUCUAUGGAGGCGGGUACAAGGUUCGAGGAGAAGGACGCUACCGGCAUAUUCCACUUUCUGGAUCGAAUGGCGUAUAAGAGUACUGUCAACCAUAGCCAGCGUGAGCUGGUUGCUGAACUGGAGAAGCUCGGUGGCAGUGCCUUCUGCCAAGGCUCGAGAGACUGCAUGGUGUACUACAUGUGUGUGUUCAACAAGGACGUGGAUCGGGCUAUGGAAUUGUUGGCGGAGAGUGUGUUGAACCCUGCUUUGGCCCAGAGCGAGAUAGAGGAACAGAGACAGCUGGUGCUGUUUGAGAAGGAGGAUAUGCUGCAACGGCCCGAAAUCGCAGUCACAGAGCUGAUGUACGAAGCCGCUUACUCACAGUCAAGUAUGGGACAACCACUGAUCUGCCCAGACGACACCAUCAACGCAAUGACUCCCGAACUACUGCACAAGUACCACAAGCAGUACUACAUCGCUCCCAGGAUGGUGGUAGCGGCCGCCGGCGUUCCGCACGAGAAACUGCUGUCACUGACCAAGCAGCACUUUGCCAACGUACCCAGUGCACCCGCCACACCUCUGCCCGAGUUUGCGCCUCAGACGUACGUAGGCGGGGCUUUGCAGAAGCACAGCGCCGAUCUCAAGCACGCAAACGUUAUCCUGGCGUAUGAGGGCCUUCCCUGGGACCAUGACGAUAUAUAUGCACUGUGUACGCUGCAGAUGCUGAUGGGUGGGGGUGCCUCGUUCAGUGCGGGUGGGCCGGGCAAGGGCAUGCACUCUAGGCUUAUGACCAGGGUGCUAAACCGGUACUACUGGAUUGAGAGCUGUAUGGCGCAACUCACCAGCCACAAGGACACAGGCUUGUUCUACAUGCACGGCACCUGCGACGACGAGAAUGUGCACAACCUCAUGCGGGUGAUGGAAGAAGAGUUCGAAGGCAUGGCCAGCGCUGUCACAGAUACCGAACUGUCGCGUGCGCAGAAUCAGCUGAAGUCGCAUCUGCUCAUGAAUUUAGAGUCGAGAGUGGUCCAAUUCGAUGACAUCAGCAAACAGAUCUUAACCACCGGCAAACGCAUCCAGCCGCUGGAGCUCUGCCGGCACAUCGAUCUGGUAACGAAGGAAGAUCUCGGGCGAGUGGCUCGCCGAAUGCUAGCAGGAAAGCCCACUUCCGCCAUUUAUGGUAAUCUGGACAAGAUGAGCCCCAGUGUUGUCGCCCAGACAUUUUAGGAUGAACAUUCAAUACGUUCGGAGAAGUGCAGAUGGAGUGCAGAUCAAUGCGAGACCAUGAAAGUGUGACGGGUGAAUGGUUGCCUUAUUGGCAGCAGAGGAUGGAUAGUCCUGUGUACUACUGUAGCUCUCGUUAUUAGCCUCUCUCUCGUCUCAGCGUUCGACACCUCGUGAUCACUACAGCGCCGACACUAUUGUGUUGAAGUUCGUUUAUAUAGCGACUUGAAACGUGGACAAUGUAGUACUGAAUACAGAAUCAUGUUGGUCCUCUCACUGCGGGUGUUAGGAACCAUAGCGGUUUUCUCGAGUUGGCGUGGUGUGACCUGCGAGAAAAUACGGUUUCCGAACCUGCCACUGAGUGGAGUAUGCUCAGGCUGUUAGCGCUAGAGAGCAUGCCUGCAUCGUAAUCGCAUUAAGAGACGGUUGAUCGUAGGCGCUGUAUAUGUCGUGAAUUGUACCACAAAGGAGCACUGUACUACCGCAACAUCAUUUGGGCUAAUAUUAUUCAGUAUGACAGAAUGAUCACUGGAUCUUCCGUAUGCGCGACAGCUGGAGCCUUUGUUGACGCCAAGUUGUCAGGGGAGUGACGAGGUGGGUGCAUGACAUCGACACGACCAGCACAGGCUACUGCGCUUUGGAGAGCGGCUACUUCAAAUUUCUAGUAAAAAGCUACACCAGAGAUCAGGCAAUAGUUCUGGGUUGGGCAGUAUUCUGUGAAUAUAAAUAGG